AUGCCUUUCCCUCUUUCCACAUACUUCUCUCAGCGCUUUGCGGAACGCGGAGUAGCUUGCUGGCUUUGAACGCGUGGCGGAUAGUUCAGAAAGCUUCAAGAUCAAGUUACAGAAAGGACAAUUAUUCUUCCAAAUUCAUCUGCUUCAACUCUUAUUCUUAUUGGGAAUGGACAAUGGGAUGUACUCUAGCUCUAUCAUGAUCAAAAACCUCCUUCUCUUUUGUAUCUCCAUGAACUUGUCCAGUCACUUUGGCUUUUCACAAAUGCCAACCAGUUCAGUGAAAGAUGAGACCAAUGACAACAUCACGAUAUUUACCAGGAUCUUGGAUGGGCUUCUAGACGGCUACGACAACAGACUUCGACCCGGGCUGGGAGAGCGCAUCACUCAGGUGAGGACCGACAUCUACGUCACCAGCUUUGGCCCAGUGUCCGACACGGAGAUGGAAUACACCAUAGACGUGUUUUUCCGACAAAGCUGGAAGGACGAACGGCUGCGGUUUAAGGGGCCCAUGCAGCGCCUGCCUCUCAACAACCUCUUGGCCAGCAAGAUCUGGACCCCGGACACUUUCUUCCACAACGGGAAGAAGUCUAUCGCGCACAACAUGACCACACCCAACAAGCUGCUGAGGUUGGAGGAUGACGGCACCCUGCUCUAUACCAUGCGCUUGACUAUCUCUGCUGAGUGCCCCAUGCAGCUUGAAGACUUCCCAAUGGAUGCUCACGCCUGCCCACUGAAGUUUGGCAGCUAUGCGUAUCCUAAUUCUGAAGUUGUCUACGUGUGGACCAAUGGCUCCACCAAGUCUGUGGUGGUGGCAGAAGACGGCUCCAGACUAAACCAGUACCACCUGAUGGGGCAGACGGUGGGCACGGAGAACAUCAGCACCAGCACAGGUGAAUAUACCAUCAUGACAGCACAUUUUCACCUGAAAAGGAAGAUCGGCUACUUCGUCAUCCAGACCUAUCUUCCAUGCAUAAUGACCGUGAUCUUAUCCCAGGUGUCCUUCUGGCUGAACCGAGAAUCCGUCCCAGCCAGGACUGUUUUUGGAGUCACCACGGUGCUGACCAUGACGACCCUCAGCAUCAGUGCCAGGAACUCCCUGCCCAAGGUGGCCUAUGCGACUGCCAUGGACUGGUUCAUAGCAGUGUGCUAUGCCUUUGUCUUCUCUGCGCUGAUCGAGUUUGCCACGGUCAACUACUUCACCAAGAGAGGAUGGGCCUGGGAUGGCAAAAAAGCCUUGGAAGCGGCCAAGAUCAAGAAAAAGCGUGAACUUAUACUAAAUAAGUCAGCAAAUGCUUUUACGACUGGGAAGAUGACCCAUGCCCCAAACAUCCCAAAGGAACAGACCCCGGCGGGGACCUCGAACGUGGCUUCAGUCUCAGUCAAACCUACCGAGGAGAAGACUUCUGAAAGCAAAAAGACUUACAACAGCAUCAGCAAGAUUGACAAAAUGUCCCGGAUCAUAUUCCCAGUCUUGUUUGGCACCUUCAACUUGGUUUACUGGGCAACGUAUUUGAAUAGGGAGCCGGUGAUCAAAGGAGCUGCCUCUUCAAAGUAGCCUAGCACUUGCAACCUCCACGAGAGCCAUACCUCCAGCGACAUGGUACCGAGGAGCGCUUGGGCGCGGAGGACUCUCCGCAUCUGGGGCAUAUCUUUCAGGAAAAUUUUUGCAUGUUUAAUAAUAUGUACAAAUAAUAUUGCCUUGAUGUUUCUACAUGUAACUUCAGAUGUUUCAAAGAUGUCACAUUGAUAAAGCAAACAACUUUCUAGAAAAAUGGAAGACGAUGACUGACACUCAGAUGCUCAGUCUCUUGCACUGAUAGUUUACAAACAAGAUAAGUAUAUUUUUAACUGCUCCAGGUGUUACCUAACAAUGUUUUUUAUACUUCAAAUGUCAUUUCAUACAAAUUUUCCCAGCAAAUAAAUAUUUUAGGAAAUGCUCCAUGAUUAUUACGUGACCAACUAUUGCAAGAAACAGAGAUCACAAAGAGCACAUUUUUCAUGAUGAGGAAACUUGGAUAAUUAUGUACAAAAUGAAUUGCCUUUGAUAAUUCUUACUGUUCUGAAACUAAGAAAGUACUGCAUGACCUUACAUGAAGAAAUAGAAUAGACAAACAUUUAUGCAAAUUUAAUAACAAAUAUAUAGUAUGUUAGAUUACCAGAUGAAAUAUUACCCUAGGGAAAAAUUUAGUUGCUUAAAAAUUCUUGUUUUUUUUUGAAAGGAAACUUAUCUCCCACCCAACCCCACAACUCCCUCUAACUGAACAAUAACCAGGAAGGAAAAGGAAAUGUCAAAAUGAAAAGUGGUUUGGCGACAUUGUGGGCUCUUGGCCCGUGCGUUCGCUGUCUCUGAAACAUUGCUCACCCCUCCCUGCAGCCAGCGUGUAGUGCUUCAGUGGUGAGAAGUUGUAAUUGAGUUCCUUUCCAUUUUACUUCCUUGGAUGUAUGUACUUCAUGAUCGACGUACUGCUGUUAGCUUUUGUAUAUGAAUCUUAAACGUUCAUUAAAAAAUAAAAAAUGAAUUGAUCUUUA